AUGCCGCUCCUCCAAGCAGGCGUGUUCAGCCUUCUCCUCGCCUCAACAGCAACAGCAACAAAAGAUGACCUCAUUCACGUCAACCCACUCAUCGGCUCUACCAACGGCGGCAACGUCUUCGCCGGCGCAAGUCUACCCUACGGCCUCGCCAAACCCGUCGCCGAUGUCGACGGCCAGAAUACGGGCGGCUUCUCAACGGACGGUAGCAAUGUCACCGGGUUCUCGCAAAUGCACGAUAGCGGCACCGGCGGGAACCCUUCUAUGGGCCAAUUCCCGCUGUUCCCGCAGUACUGUGCUGGUAAUGUCGUUGAUAACUGCAAGUUUCCCAAGACUGCGCGCGCGACGCCGUAUAAGAUGGCUUCGGUAGAUGCGAAGCCGGGAUAUUUUGCGCUUGAGCUUGAAGGUGGUGUUCGCGCGGAAAUGACUGCUUCGCGGCGGGCGGCGCUGUAUCGGUUUACGUUCCCCGAAGGGAAGACGGCGAAUGGAGAGGUGUUUGAUCCGUUGAUUUCAUUGGAUCUGACGGAUCUGUGGGAUAGUCGGCAGAAUGCCACUGUCAGUGUUGAUCCUGAGGCUGGCCGGAUUGAGGGGAAUGGUACCUUCUUGCCCAGCUUCGGGGCUGGGUAUUAUCAGGCGUUCUUCUGUGCCGAUUUUGUCGGUGCGAAGGUUCGUGAUAGUGGGAUUUGGGUGAAUGAUCGUGCGGGCUCGGAGCCUAAAGAGCUUUUUGUAACCCGUGGAUUCAACAAUUUCUAUCUUCAGGCUGGUGGCUACAUGAGUUUUGAGCGGCCGGAUGACGGAGUUGUUACUGCGCGGGUUGGUGUCAGCUUUGUUAGCACCGAUCAGGCCUGCUCGAAUGCGGAGAAGGAGAUAUCUGAUCCGCUUAAUGAUUUUGGCAAGCUGCAACAGACUGCUGAGGACGAGUGGAGUGAGAAGCUCAGUCCAAUCAAGGUCACGUCUGGCGGUGCGAGCAAUGAUAUGCUGGAGGCUUUCUGGAGUGGUAUCUAUAGGACUAUGCUCUCCCCUCAAGACAUGACCGGAGAGAAUCCGCUCUGGCAAAGUGACGAGCCAUACUUCGACUCCUUUUAUUGUCUAUGGGAUGGCUUCCGAUCCCAGCAUCCAUUCUUGACGAUAUUGGAUCCCCAGGCCGAGUCACGUAUGGUUCGCAGUCUCCUCGACACCUUCAAACAUGUGGGAUGGCUGCCCGACUGCCGCAUGUCUCUGUGCAAAGGAUGGACCCAAGGUGGUUCCAACGCCGACGUGGUGCUCGCAGAUGGCUACGUUAAGAACCUAACUGGGAUUGACUGGGAACUUGCAUACAACGCCAUGGUCAACGAUGCUGAGAACGAACCUUUGGAGUGGUCAGACGAAGGACGCGGAGGUCUUCAGAGCUGGAAACGGCUGAAUUACAUCCCAUACCUCGACUUUGACUACCUCGGCUUUGGUACAAAUUCUCGAAGUAUAUCGCGGACCCUGGAGUAUGCCUACAAUGACUACAGUCUUUCAAUCGUGGCCAAAGGUAUUGGCAAACAGGAUCAUACAAAGUACCUAUCUCGUGCCGGGAACUGGCAGAAUCUUUUCAAAGAGGAUCAGACUUCGUUCCUGGGAAAUGGAACUGAUACUGGCUUCACGGGAUUCUUCCAGCCUAAGUAUCUCAAUGGUACUUGGGGCUUCCAAGAUCCUAUUGCUUGCAGUCCGUUGGCUACCUUCUGCUCUUUGACCACCAAUCCUUCCGAGACAUUCGAGUCCAGCAUUUGGGAGUACCUCUUCUAUGUUCCCCACGACAUCGCCAAGUUGAUCAAGUUUGUGGGUGGUUCGGACGAGUUCGUGGCUCGCUUGGACUACUUCCACGAAUCGGGCCUGGCCGACAUUGGCAAUGAGCCCGUCUUCCUCACCGUGUACGAGUACCACUAUGCCGGUCGCCCGGGUCUCUCCGCGCGCCGGGCCCACAGCUACAUCCCUUCGUCAUUCAACGCAACCAACGGUGGCCUGCCCGGCAAUGAUGAUUCCGGUGCCAUGGGCUCAUUCUUGGCCUGGAGUAUGAUAGGACUGUUUCCCAACCCAGGCCAGAAUGUUUACCUGAUCAAUCCUCCAUUUUUCGAGGCCGUUGAAAUCACCCACCCAGAAACCAAGCAGACUGCCACGAUUCGCAACGUCAACUUCGAUAAAUCGUACAAGAACAUCUAUAUCCAAAGUGCCAAGCUUAAUGGCAAGCCAUACACCAAGAGCUGGAUCGGACAUGAGUUUUUCACCGAGGGUAUGAUGCUCGAACUGACGCUGGGCGACAAAGAGAGUAAGUGGGCAACAAGCAAGGAGGACUUGCCUCCGAGUUUGAGCGACGGCAUUGCACAGGAUGAGAUGCAGCUUGCAUAG